AUGUUCUCCGUAGCUAUGGCAGCACCCGUUGGCGGAGGUACAGGCUCGAGUCUGGCGCGAGCAAUCAUCAUUACCUCUGGUGUUUCGGCUCUGAUCUCGUCGCUAUUGUCCUUUGUGUCCAUAUGGUUCCAAACCAAAAACUAUCGGAAACCUCUCCUCCAGCGAUACGUCGUACGCAUACUGCUAAUGGUGCCAAUUUAUGCAGCAUCAUCAUGGACGAGCAUUGUAUCGCUGAAAGCAGCUCAGUUCGUCGAUCCAGUCCGUGAUAUCUACGAGGCAUUCACAAUCUACACAUUUUUCCAGCUUCUAAUCAACUUCCUCGGAGGAGAGCGAGCUCUUAUCAUCAUGGCUCAUGGGCGUCCGCCGGUCUCGCAUGCAUGGCCGCUUAACCACGUCCUCCCAAAGCUUGAUAUCUCCGACCCGCACACGUUUCUUGCCGUAAAGCGCGGCAUCCUUCAGUAUGCGUGGCUAAAACCAGUUCUGGCCAUCGCUUCUAUCGUCAUGAAGGCGACGGACACAUAUGAGGAAGGAUAUCUGAGCCUAGCAUCGGGCUAUCUAUGGACCGGCAUUGUGUAUAACGUCAGCGUCACCGUCAGUUUAUACUCCCUGGCUAUGUUCUGGGUGUGUCUGCACAAUGACCUCACACCAUUCCGCCCGGUCCCCAAAUUCCUCUGUAUCAAACUCAUCAUUUUCGCGUCGUACUGGCAAGGAUUCUUCUUGUCAAUCCUGCAGUGGUUGGGGGCUCUUGGCAACGUCGCAGGAUAUACCCCCGAUAAUCUAGCUGCGGCAAUUCAGGAUGCUCUGAUCUGCUAUGAGAUGCCCAUUUUUGCCGUCGCUCACUGGUAUGCGUUCUCGUGGCAUGACUAUGCCGACCCUACCAUCUCGGCUGCUCGGUUGCCGGUCAAAUAUGCACUUCGAGAUGCGUUCGGGCCUCUCGAUCUGGUCGAAGACACCAAGAUGACCCUUCGCGGUGAAAACUACGACUACCGACUCUUUGACUCCGGCGAUAACAUUAUCGCGCAUGCGGAGUCUCAUUCGCGGGUCAAACGUGUCAUGGACGGUAUGAGAUAUGAACGUGGUGGCAAGGCAAAGUAUUGGAUUCCAAAGCCUGGAGAGGCCAGCAAAGCGGUCGAAGCCAGCAUUCGCACACCGCUCUUGGCUGGCGGAGACAAUAGUCACCGCAGUCGAAGUGAUAGGGGAAGUCGCAGUUCCACUGAGCGAUUCCGGUCUCAUAGUGAGAUUGAAGUUACGUUGGACGACGAGGACGAGCAAAUCUUCAGCCAAGCUCGGGCUCUGGAAUUUGGAGACUGGAAUUACCCGGUGAUUACGGCCAAUGAAGUUCCCCGGGAUCAGCGACUCUCUACGCACAGGAGCUACCAGAAUUCAGGCAGCGGAGGUGAUGUGAAGAAGUCGCGUUCACACCGGAAACGCCGAGCGUCGGGCAGCGAAGGCAGGCGAGAUCCGAAUGCCAGUUCUAGAAAGUCAAGCAAAAGCUCGAGCACACCCCGUCCCUUGCAGCGCAACGCCAGCUCCACGAGCUCCCACCAGUCGCAUCGCAGCCAGCUAGUUGACCUCGUGGUGGAAGACCAUGAAGCUGAGGAAGCAGACCGCAAUCAGGCACAGCGAGAGGUUGGAUCCGCUUGGGCGGGAGAUGAAACCCGACAUUAUUCAAGACCGACCGGACAGCCAAUCGAAGAGGAGACUGAAGCCGAAGCUCCGAUCAGGGAGGUCCCAGCCGAGCCCGUUCAUCAGGCGGAAGAAGAAGAAGACCGAUCGCCUUCACAAUGGGCUUAUAGCGCAUUGGAAGAAGAUAAUGUUUGGGGCAAAUAG